GCACGCUCCUAAAUUUUUGGGUCGCAAAAAGCGAGCGUGCAGCUGUCGUCUGUUCCUUGGUUUUUUUCUUUCUAGACACUGCGUGAUUAAAUAACGAGACGUCAUGGCAGAUCCAUCGCAGCAACAUUCGUUGCAUUCGCCGCAGUUACAACAAAACCAACAACAGGCCCAGUCGACGCCGUCCACGCCAUCGUCGCAACCAACUUCGUCGCAGCCCCACCUACCACAGCAACAACAGCACAGCGUAGGAGACUUGAACUUUUCUAUCCAAGAUAUUCUCGGUGAUAAUGGGACUUCCACCAACGAUUCAUCCUUCCAAAAUAUUGUCCAUGACUUAAAUAAUAAUAUUCCUAAUAAUGCAUCGUAUUCGCAUUUACCCAUGGAAUUGCAACAUCUCUUCACUAAUCACGGAACCGACGAUUUAUUGUCAGCUUCAGCAUCUCCUUCGGCAGGAUCCGACGCGUCCUCUUUGAGUGUAUCCCAACAACCUUUACCGUGGGAAACUCCAAUCAUGGACGACUCACAACACUCUCAACAGUCUUUACCCCAUGGGGCAACGCCCGUGGGCGCCGUGGCUUCGACUUCAGCACCGACCAUGCCUUCCUCGGUCUCUAGGACAAUGCCUCCCAUGUCGCAAUCCCACGCAUCACCCGCUCAACCAUUUGUCCCUUCGCCGGUUCAGGCAACGGCACAAACACCUAGACAACUGCCUGUCCACACCGCGUUACAACAGACUCCUUUACAGAGUCCCAUGCAAACACCUCUGUCGUCCGCGACACCGUAUAUGGGCACACCUACCAAUUACAGCCCGGCGCCAGGACCUGCGUCUUUACAAAUGUCUGUUCCCACCCCAACUCCUCCUCCACCUCAGUCUAUACCCUUUCCUACCAUGUCAGCUUCGCCGAUCGCUUCGAGACCCAUCAUACCAACCACAUCGUCUAAACCACAGAGUACAGGAGCGGCUUCCAUGACACUGCUGGAUGAAAUCACAUCUCAGUUAUCGCCUGAACGCAAGGAGAAAUUCAUUGCACUAUUUCGGGAACUUCAGCAAAAUGCCGUAACGGCCGAUCAAUUUCUAUCGCAGGCAAAAAUGCUUUUGGGGCAACAGCAAUAUCAACAGCUUGAGAAUUUGAAGAAUAAACCCAGUCCCAAACCAACGCCCACUUACAGCGAGAGUCCAGAACGGAAACGCAACGUAUCCAGCUCUCAACUACGUGCGGAAGAUGCCCAGCGUGCUAUGCCAGGUUUAGGUAAACGUGCACGGGGCGACACAAGUGCUGCAUCCAAAUCACCGUCUGUAGCAAGCUCAGUUACGCCAACCACCUAUCCUCCGAUUCCACAACAUAGACCAGCAGGACAAGCGAUGGAUGGACGAAGACUCGAUUACACCAAUCCCACGAACGCUUUAAAUUACACUGGAGUAAAUCUGAAAGAGGAAUCAGAUCAGCUUCUGCGGGAUGGUGACAAGCUGUCAGCGGGUGCGGUGGCUCCACCGGAACGAGCGCCCACUCAAGGCUUCUUGAAUUCAGACUUGCUUCAAGAGCGACUCACAAAAAUCGCUUCGACAGAGACUAUCAACCAAAUAGAUUCGGACGUGCUUGGGUAUCUCGCACUAGCAUGUCAGCAGCGGCUACGAACAUUGAUUGAAAAAAUGAUUGUCGCUUCAAAGCAUCGUGUGCAGUCACAAACAGUGGAGACCGCCCCUUUGAAUGCCAAAGGGCAGACGUUGUACAAAGUGGUGGAUGUGCAAGACAUCAAAAAGCAAUUACUCGCCAUUGAACGUGUCGAACGUGAAGAAGAACGAAAACGAAAAGAAGCCAUUGCAGAGAAGGAACGAAGGGCACAGAUGGGCGACGGUGAUCACGAAGGCGGUGAUGAAGAUCGACCAGCCAAGAAAAAGAAGAAAAAGGAAAUGGGUCCUGGUGUAACAGCCCGCAAUAUGAGCGAAGAUAUCCGGAAAAAGUUUACCAACGAGACAGCGUUGAUGAGUGCCGGCGGUGUUCGCAAAAGUUGGAUGAUGGCCGGUCUAAGCGGAAAAGGAGGAUCCGCCAGUUUGAGUUCAGGGGGAGCAGGAGGGGGAGGAGGAGUAGGAAGCAGCAGUAGUGGUGGUGGUGGUAGUAGUAGUGUUAAUGCUACUGGCAGUGGCAGUGGCCAUGUGAGCAAUCCGCCACCAUUGCACCGCCCACAUCCAGCUACUCCAUUGGGAUCAUCGGGUACACCACCUAUGCAGGAGAGCCCUGCAGAAGAAGCGCCGCGUGGUCGAGGUCGACCUCGGGGUCGAAAAGCGCAAGGAUCCGAUGGUUCAAGGCGUGAUCGAAACAGGGGUUACAUGGGCUUGGAACGAGGUGAUCACGGACGAUCUCAAGACGGUGGUAUUUUCUUGCCGCCUUCAACGAUUGGACGUCCACGCCUAGGAGAACAAGGCAUACGCAGAAUUACCAUGAACGAUGCAUUAUUCGCCAUAGAAAAGGAAGCCGAAGAUCAUCGCCAAACCGCACGUCGCACCUUGUUGAAAGCAUACAAUCAAUGGCUCAAAUAAAAAAUAAAAAAAAGAGAAAGGAGAAAGCGAAAUGCAUCCAACUUAUUGUAAACCCAAAAAGAUGAAGUCUA